GGCACAGUACCCGCCCGGCUCCACCAUGGUGUACAACUUCAAGGUGUUCAAGAAGUGCGCGCCCAACGGCAAGCUCACUCUCUACAUGCCUAAGCGAGAGUUCGUCGAUCACAUAUCCUUCGUGGAGCCCAUAGAUGGCGUGGUGGCGGUGGACGAGGAGUACGCGCGUGGACGGCGCGUGUUCGCGCAGGUGGUUUGCACUUUCCGCUACGGGCGCGAGGAGGAUGAAGUGAUGGGCCUUAACUUUUACAAGGAGCUGUACCUCGCUUCCGAGCAGGUGUACCCGCCGCCCGAGAAGCUGCCCUACGAGCCAUCCCGCACGCAGGAGCGUCUGCUGCGCAAGUUGGGGCCGGGCGCAGUGCCGUUUCGGUUGGCCGUGCCUGCGGGCGCGCCCGGCUCUGUCACGUUGCAGAAUGCGCUCGAAGACGAGGGCGAGCCUUGCGGCGUGCAUUACUACCUGAAGCUGUUCGUUGGCGACAGCGAGAUCGACCGAUCGCAUCGCAGGAGCACGGUGGCGCUGGGCAUCCGCAAGGUGCAGUUCGCGCCGAGUAAGCCGGGCCCGCAGCCCUGCACCGUCGUGCGCAAGGACUUCGUGCUCUCUCCCGGCCAGCUGGAGCUCGAGCUCACGCUGGAUAAGCAGUUAUACAUGCACGGCGAGACGAUCGCGGUGAACAUCUGCGUGCGCAACCACAGCAACAAGGUGGUGAAGAAGAUCAAGGCGUGCGUGCAACAAGCCGUGGAUGUGCUGCUGUUACAGAACGGCCAGUACCGCAACGUCGUGUGCAGCGUCGAGACACAGGACGGGUGCCCGCUGCAGCCCGGCGCCAGCCUGCAGAAGGUGCUGGCGCUGACCCCGGCUCUGGGCACGCUGCGCGACCGCCGCGGCAUCGCGCUCGACGCCCAGCUCAAGCGGCACGACACCACGCUCGCCUCCACUACUCUGCUGCUGGAGCCCGAGCAGCGCGACGCGUUCGGCAUCGUGGUGAGCUACACCGUGAAAGCGAAGCUGUACUUGGGCGCGCUAGGCGGAGAGCUCAGCGCCGAGUUGCCCUUCAUACUCAUGCACCCCAAGGAGGGGCGCGCGCAGCUCGUGCAGGCGGACAGCCAGGCCGACGUCGAGCUGUUCCGCCAAGACACCGUGCACCACCAGGAGAGCGUCGAGGUGUACUAGCCGCGGCGCUCCGCCUCGCAUCCCACGACCCUCAACCGCGCUGACCACUGCACUAAUUAUAUCUUUCAAAUCUAAGUAGAAUCAUCAUCUUGAAAUUUUUAAUUGAAAGGCUUAUCCUGGGGAAUUCUACUACUAUUCGUAUUUUAGUUAGCGAAUUAUUUGCUUUCUGUAAUGUAAAACUGUAACUCAUUUCAUUAGAAACUUAUCAUUGAAAG